AUGGUAACCAUUCGUGCAGAUGAAAUUAGUAAAAUUAUCCGUGAACGUAUUGAGCAAUAUAAUACCGAAGUAAAAAUUGUAAAUACAGGUACCGUACUUCAAGUAGGCGAUGGCAUUGCUCGUAUUUAUGGUCUUGAUGAAGUAAUGGCGGGUGAAUUAGUAGAAUUUGAAGAAAGUACAGUAGGCAUUGCUUUGAAUUUGGAAUCAAAAAAUGUUGGUGUUGUAUUAAUGGGUGAUGGUUUGAUGAUACAAGAGGGAAGUUCCGUAAAAGCAACAGGAAGAAUUGCUCAGAUACCGGUAAGUGAGGGUUAUUUGGGUCGUGUUGUAAAUGCCCUAGCUAAACCUAUUGACGGUCGAGGAGAAAUUUCAGCUUCGGAAUCUCGGUUAAUCGAAUCUCCCGCUCCCGGUAUUAUUUCCAGACGGUCCGUGUAUGAGCCCCUUCAAACGGGACUUAUUGCUAUUGAUUCUAUGAUCCCUAUAGGGCGUGGCCAGCGAGAAUUGAUUAUUGGGGACAGACAAACUGGUAAAACAGCAGUAGCUACAGAUACGAUUCUCAAUCAACAGGGACAAAAUGUAGUAUGUGUUUAUGUAGCUAUUGGUCAAAAAGCAUCUUCUGUGGCUCAAGUCGUAACUUCUUUACAAGAAAGAGGAGCAAUGGAAUACACUAUUAUAGUGGCUGAAACAGCAAAUUCCCCAGCUACAUUACAAUACCUCGCGCCUUAUACAGGAGCAGCUCUGGCUGAAUAUUUUAUGUACCGUGAACGCCACACUUUAAUCAUUUAUGAUGAUCCCUCCAAACAAGCACAGGCUUAUCGCCAAAUGUCUCUUCUAUUACGAAGACCACCAGGUCGCGAAGCUUAUCCCGGAGAUGUUUUUUAUUUACAUUCGCGUCUUUUGGAAAGAGCCGCUAAAUUAA